AAAUAAUUUAAAAAACACUUUAAAUGUUUCAAUCCUAUCAAUAGGUCACAGCUAGGUCGACAUUUUUUCAGUCUACAUCCAACGGUCGUGUCAUUCGUGUCGAUUGUCACGCGUUUGCACAAAGAAUUUCUACCUGCGAAUUUAGUAACUACACAAUGCCGAUUCAAAGUAUUAAGGCACGUCAAAUCUAUGACUCUCGUGGUAAUCCUACUGUAGAGGUUGAUUUGGUGACUGAGAAUGGAUUAUUCAGAGCAGCUGUACCUUCUGGUGCUUCCACUGGUGUCCAUGAAGCUCUUGAACUUCGUGACAAUGAUAAAUCUAAAUAUCAUGGAAAAUCAGUCUUCAAAGCUGUUGACAACAUCAACUCUAUAAUCGCUCCCGAAUUAUUAAAAGCCGGGCUAGAAGUCACUCAACAAACUGACAUCGAUAAUUUCUUAUUGAAACUCGAUGGAACUCCCAACAAAGCUAAGCUGGGUGCUAACGCUAUCUUGGGCGUUUCCUUGGCUGUCUGCAAAGCUGGAGCUGCUAAAAAAGGCAUUCCUCUUUACAAGUACAUCGCCGAGCUUGCUGGAAACAAGGACAUUAUCCUUCCAGUACCAGCUUUCAAUGUAAUCAACGGCGGUUCUCAUGCUGGUAACAAACUCGCUAUGCAAGAGUUUAUGAUUUUACCAGUUGGAGCUGCUAACUUUACUGAAGCUAUGAAAAUGGGCAGUGAAGUUUAUCAUCACUUAAAAAAUGGAAUCAAGAAGAAGUUUGGACUUGAUGCUACUGCUGUUGGUGACGAGGGUGGUUUCGCACCCAACAUUCUCGAGAACAAAGAAGCUCUUAAUUUAAUUAUUGAUGCCAUCAAGACUGCGGGAUAUGAAGGAAAGAUAAAAAUAGGUAUGGAUGUAGCUGCAUCUGAAUUCCACAAGAAUGGAAAAUACGAUUUAGACUUCAAAAACGAAAAAUCUGAUCCCAGCACUUACUUGGAACCAGAUGCGUUGAAAAAUCUUUACCUAGAUUGGGUUAAAGAUUUCCCAAUUGUAUCAAUUGAAGAUCCGUUUGACCAAGACGGUUGGGAUUCUUGGACUGCUAUGACUGCUGCUACUCCCAUUCAAAUUGUCGGUGAUGAUCUUACAGUAACUAACCCAGUGAGAAUCAAGACAGCCAUUGAAAAGAAAGCUUGCAACUGUCUUCUCUUGAAAGUCAAUCAAAUUGGUAGUGUAACUGAAUCAAUAAACGCUCACAAUUUGGCUAAAAGCGCUGGAUGGGGAACGAUGGUAUCGCAUCGUUCUGGCGAAACUGAAGAUACAUUUAUUGCUGAUUUGGUUGUUGGUUUAUCAACUGGGCAGAUUAAAACCGGAGCACCUUGUCGUUCAGAACGAUUGGCUAAAUACAACCAAAUUUUACGUAUUGAGGAAGAACUUGGCGCCAAUGCCAAGUAUGCCGGUGAAAAAUUCCGUAACCCAUUGGCCUAAAUAUAUUUUUUCUCCCACUGAUACGACGAAUAUCAACAUCGUUAAAUAAUAACUACUUUAUUUUGAGUUAAAAUUAAUAUUAUAGUGUUCAAAUUUUUAAAAAAACCAUUGCCAUUAACGGUAGUUUAUAUUUCUUUAUAAAUACUGUAAAGUCUGUUAACUAGAGUUUCAUUGAAUAGAUUAUUAAAUAUAUAUUUAAACACACAUGUUACAAUGUGCAUUGAACUAAUAUAUUUACUCAAAUAAUUAUAGUUUAUUACUGACAUUGACAGUUAUUAAAUUAUAUUUUCAAUUGUGGGAUUUUUUUGAAUAUUUUUAAAAAAAUCUCAACAGUCCGAGAAAUUAUUAUUUUAGUAAAAUAUUCUUAUGGUUAAAUUAAUUUGUCAGCUGCUCAUUUACAUAAUCAGUUAAUAGGCAUUCAGAUAAAAGAAAAUAUGUUGUAAUUAUUUAGAAGAUAAUAAACAAGUAAAAUAAAAAUAAUAUUUAAAUGAACAAAAGAUAUCAGUAUAAAAAUUGCUGUUGACAAAUAAAAAAAAAAUAGUUUAUAAUAAUGUAUUGCUGUUGAUGUGUAAUCUUCGUCGGGAUUUAUUUCGAUGUUAUCAAUAAUUGAUACAAUAAAAAUUAAAAAAUAAA